AUGCGGAGGGGGCGCCCUUCCUUCCGGCGGGCUCUGCCGCUGCUCCUGUUGGUCGCGCUGACGGCGCGGGGCGCGCGGGCCAGCGGCGAGUACUGCCACGGCUGGCAGGACGCGGCGGCGUGGCGGGACGGGUUCCAGUGUCCGGAGCACUUCGACGAUGGCGACGCCACCAUCUGUUGCGGCACCUGCGCGCUCCGCUACUGCUGCUCCCGCCCGGAGGCGCGCCUGGACCAGGGCGUGUGCGACAACGACCGGCAGCAAGGGGGAGCCGAGCACGGCCGGCCGGACAAGGACCUGCCGGAAGGCGCAGCAGUGCCCAUUUACGUGCCGUUCCUUAUCGUUGGGUCCGUGUUUGUUGCAUUCAUCAUCCUGGGAUCUCUGGUAGCAGCCUGCUGCUGCCGAUGCCUGCGACCCAAGCAAGAGCCGCAGCAGAGCCGGGCUCCCGGAGGUAAUCGGAUAAUGGAGACCAUACCCAUGAUCCCAAGUGCCAGCACCUCCCGGGGCUCCUCCUCGCGCCAGUCAAGCACUGCUGCCAGCUCUAGUUCGAGCGCCAACUCUGGGGCCAGGGCGCCCCCCACCAGGUCACAAACCAACUGCUGCUUACCGGAAGGGACCAUGAACAAUGUGUACGUCAACAUGCCAACCAAUUUCUCCGUACUGAACUGCCAGCAAGCUACACAGAUCGUGCCUCACCAAGGCCAAUAUUUGCACCCACAGUACGUGGGGUAUGCAGUGCAACAUGACCCUAUGCCCAUGGCCCCUGUGCCGCCUUUCCUGGAUGGUCUGCAGAGUGGAUACAGGCCCAUUCAGUCUCCUUAUCCUCACAGCAACAGUGAACAGAAGAUGUACCCAGCAGUGACUGUGUAG